CAGUUAAAUAAUGAUGUCAACGAGACAUGCACCAGGUGAAAUGGAAAUCAGCUGUAGAAAGAAGACAAGUCGCAAAGAUUAUGAAAUAUUUGGAGACAUUUCUUACGAAACUCUUGAGAAAACUUCACACAAGACCGUCUUCGACCUUUACCUUCCUCGAUCUCGCGGAGGCGCGGAUCUAACCCCUCGCCCAUCGCAACCGGUCGCGGUGUUUGUCCACGGCGGGGGAUGGCGCCGUGGAGACAAGGAUACGUGGAGACAUUUCGUGUUUCAAGACGUUAAUUUUCUGGCAGCGUUCUUUUACUGGUGCUACGGUCUGUACGGGAACGUGGGAAAAGAGUUUGCCAGGAGGGGGAUACCGUGCAUUGUAACGUCGUACCCUCUCACAAAACUGAAAACGCCAUGGCUGUUGUUGGAAAUGGCGACGUCAUAUUUUGGCUCUGUGAUAUUUUGUGGUAUUUUGUUAUUCAUGAUUUUCAUUUCGGUGUUUGUGAUAGAUUUUUUGACAGGUCUGAUUUUUAUAACUGUUUUCCCCAGACAACGAUUCAGCAUUACCGUGUCAGACGUUCUGACAGUUUACCUCGUUUUUGUGAAUCUAGUCACUCUUUUCGUCAUUUCAAUACAGAGAUCUAAACAUGGACUCCAAACACACCACGUGAUCGCUCUCUGGGCCGUUCUUCUCGGGCAUCUUUUCGCAGUAAUACUACUCGAACACUCUUUACUGAGCCUGUGGAUGUUUAGUUUUUUAACUGUUCAGGGAACUCUGCUACAAUUAAAUCUAAGAUCUGAAGACUAUACACAUGAUGACCAGCUAACGGCAUUAUCAAAGUGCAUCAAAAAAGUAGUCGAUAUAGGACAGGAAACGCGUUACUAUGACUACAACUCCCUGUUCCUGAUCGGGCACUCGGCGGGCGGCCAUCUUUGUUCACUCAUCGCUCUCCGCCCCGACGUGCUGGCUAGUGCUGGCGUGGAGUCUACUUCUAUUAAGGGUGUAGUGGCGAUCUCAGCGGUCCUACAGGUGGAGAAGCUCAACACCCCCGCCCUCCGCCCCCUCUACCUCCACCCCACGUUUGGCAAGGACCCGGAUGACUGGUCGUCUGCUUGUCCAAUGAGUCGUCUGCAGAACAAAGAGUAUUCAGACCUCCCCAACUUUCUAGUCAUUACAGCCGAGAAGGACUGGCAUCUCCACCACGAGGCCGCCAUGUUUGCUGAGGAGCUCGGGGGUCGGGAUGCUCACCGGGGGAGUGUGGUGUUCCCCCGGACCACCCAUCUAUCGAUUAUUUGUAACUUUGACAGGGAAUGUGAAGUCCUUAACACCAGCGUGGCUAACCAGUGCGUCCAGUUCAUACAGCAAACGUAUGACGCAGAGCAAACGAGUACAACUUGUGCUUUACAGAGGAAUAGGGGGAAUGUCACGUGAUUAUCAGCAUUUUUUAACGGAAAGAUGUUUGGUUGACAAUUCUUUAAUUGUGUUGUGUUUAAUGUGUUGUCUUAUUUUGUUAUAUCAUUUUGUCUGUUAAUUAAUCAUUGUAAAAAUAUAAUUUAUACUAUAUAAA